CCCCGCCACGGCAGCCUCCUCCGGGCACGGGCCACUGCACACCAUGGCCACCGGGUGGACAGGGGCCGGCGCCGCCGUGCGCGCCCGCCUGGCGCUGGCCUUGGCGCUGGCUAGCGUCCUGAGCGGGCCCCCAGCCGCCGCCUGCCCCACCAAGUGUACCUGCUCCGCCGCCAGCGUGGACUGCCACGGGCUGGGCCUCCGGGCGGUUCCCCGGGGCAUACCCCGCAACGCCGAGCGCCUUGACAUGGACAGAAAUAAUAUUACCAGGAUUACCAAGAUGGACUUCGCUGGACUCAAGAACCUCCGGGUCUUGCAUCUGGAAGACAACCAGGUCAGCGUCAUCGAGAGGGGCGCCUUCCAGGAUCUGAAGCAGCUGGAGCGAUUGCGCCUGAACAAGAAUAAGCUCCAGGUCCUUCCAGAAUUGCUUUUCCAGAGUACACCAAAGCUCACCAGACUAGAUCUGAGCGAAAACCAGAUCCUGGGGAUCCCAAGGAAGGCAUUCCGUGGCAUCACCAAUGUGAAGAACUUGCAACUGGACAACAACCACAUCAGCUGCAUUGAAGAUGGAGCCUUCCGAGCGCUGCGCGAUUUGGAGAUCCUCACCCUCAACAAUAACAACAUUAGCCGCAUCCUGGUCACUAGCUUCAACCACAUGCCGAAGAUUCGAACGCUGCGCCUCCACUCCAACCACCUGUACUGUGACUGCCACCUUGCCUGGCUCUCAGAUUGGCUGCGACAGCGACGGACAAUUGGCCAGUUCACACUCUGUAUGGCUCCCGUGCACCUGAGGGGCUUCAAUGUGGCAGAUGUGCAGAAGAAGGAGUACAUAUGCCCAGGCCCUCACUCAGAACCUCCAUCCUGCAAUGCCAACUCCAUCUCCUGCCCCUCAGCCUGCACUUGCAGUAAUAACGUCGUGGACUGUCGAGGGAAAGGCUUGACGGAGAUUCCCGCCAACUUGCCAGAGGGCAUCGUGGAAAUACGCCUGGAACAGAACUCCAUCAAAUCCAUCCCUGCUGGAGCCUUCACCCAGUACAAGAAACUGAAGCGAAUAGACAUCAGCAAGAAUCAGAUAUCGGACAUUGCUCCAGAUGCCUUCCAGGGCCUGAAAUCACUCACGUCGCUGGUGCUGUAUGGAAACAAGAUCACCGAGAUUGCCAAGGGACUGUUUGAUGGGCUGGUGUCCCUACAGCUGCUCCUCCUCAAUGCCAACAAGAUCAACUGCCUGCGGGUGAACACGUUUCAGGACCUGCAGAACCUCAAUCUGCUCUCCCUGUACGACAACAAGCUGCAGACCAUCAGCAAGGGACUCUUUGCUCCCCUGCAGGCCAUCCAGACCCUCCACUUAGCCCAAAACCCGUUUGUGUGCGACUGUCACUUGAAGUGGCUGGCCGACUACCUGCAGGACAACCCCAUCGAGACGAGCGGGGCCCGCUGCAGCAGCCCGCGCCGGCUGGCCAACAAACGCAUCAGCCAGAUCAAGAGCAAGAAGUUCCGCUGCUCAGGCUCAGAGGAUUACCGCAGCAGGUUCAGCAGUGAGUGCUUCAUGGACCUUGUGUGCCCCGAGAAGUGCCGCUGUGAGGGCACCAUUGUGGACUGCUCCAAUCAGAAGCUGGCCCGCAUCCCAAGCCACCUCCCCGAAUACGUCACUGAUCUGCGACUGAACGACAAUGACAUAUCUGUCCUAGAGGCCACUGGUAUCUUCAAGAAGUUGCCCAACCUGCGGAAAAUAAACCUGAGUAACAACAAGAUCAAGGAGGUCAGAGAGGGUGCCUUUGAUGGAGCAGCAAGUGUGCAGGAGCUGAUGCUGACCGGGAACCAGCUGGAAACGGUGCACGGGCGCAUGUUCCGUGGUCUCAGCACCCUCAAGACCCUGAUGCUAAGGAGUAACCUGAUCAACUGUGUGAGCAAUGACACCUUUGCUGGCCUGAGUUCAGUGAGGCUGCUGUCCCUCUAUGACAAUCGGAUCACCACCAUCACCCCUGGAGCCUUCACCACACUCGUCUCCCUCUCUACCAUAAACCUCCUGUCCAACCCCUUCAACUGCAACUGCCACCUGGCCUGGCUCGGCAAGUGGCUGAGGAAGAGGCGGAUCGUAAGCGGGAACCCCCGGUGCCAAAAGCCUUUCUUCCUCAAGGAGAUACCCAUCCAGGAUGUGGCCAUCCAGGACUUCACCUGUGAAGGCAACGACGAGAGUAGCUGCCGGCUGGGGCCGCUCUGCCCGGAGCAGUGCACCUGCGUGGAGACGGUGGUACGGUGCAGCAACAGGGGGCUGCACGCCCUCCCCAAAGGCAUUCCCAAGGACGUGACCGAACUGUACCUGGAAGGAAACCACUUAACAGCCGUGCCCAGAGAGCUGUCUGCCCUCCCACAUCUGACACUUAUUGACCUGAGCAACAACAGCAUUGGUGUGCUGACCAAUUACACCUUCAGUAACAUGUCUCACCUGUCCACCCUGAAAAGUACGUACCACUAUUAUGCCUAUCCUCCAGAUGAGGAAACAGAGGCUGAGUCACUUUGCCAAAGUGACAUAACCACUACAGCCAGUCUGAUCCAGGAUCCCUUAGCCCUCAGGAGUGACCUAGCCCUCUCAGAAGAGGCUUUACCCACCCCAACCUUCAUCUGGGGGUUAACCUCUGACCUGUGUUUCUGCUUCAGAACCCUCCAUGGCAACGACAUUUCCAGUGUUCCCGAAGGCUCCUUCCGUGACCUGACAUCUCUUUCCCAUCUGGCUCUGGGAACCAAUCCACUCCACUGUGACUGCAGUCUGCGCUGGCUGUCAGAGUGGGUGAAGGCCGGGUACAAGGAGCCUGGCAUCGCCCGCUGCAGUAGCCCCGAGCCCAUGGCGGACAGACUCCUGCUCACCACCCCCACCCACCGAUUCCAGUGCAAAGGGCCAGUGGACAUCAAUAUCAUGGCCAAGUGCAAUGCCUGUCUCUCAGACCCAUGCAAGAACAAUGGGACGUGCAGCCAGGAUCCCGUGGAGCUAUACCACUGCACCUGCCCCUAUGGCUACAAGGGCAAAGACUGCGCUGUGCCCAUCAACGCCUGCAUCCAGAGCCCCUGUCAGCACGGAGGCACCUGCCACCUGAGCGAAAGCCACAAGGACGGAUUCAGCUGCUCCUGCCCUCUGGGCUUCGAGGGACAGCGGUGUGAGAUCAAUCCAGAUGAUUGUGAGGACAACGACUGUGAGAACAAUGCCACCUGUGUGGACGGGGUCAACAACUACGUGUGCGUCUGUCCUCCUAACUACACAGGUGAGCUGUGCGACGAGGUGAUUGACCACUGCGUGCCCGGGAUGAACCUCUGUCAGCAUGAGGCCAAAUGCAUCUCCCUGGACAAAGGAUUCAGGUGUGACUGUCUCCCUGGCUACAGUGGGAAGCUCUGCGAGGUGGACAAUGAUGACUGCGUGAACCACAGGUGCCGCCACGGGGCCCCGUGCGUGGAUGGAGUCAAUGGCUACACAUGCAUCUGCCCCCAGGGCUUCAGCGGGCUCCUCUGUGAGCACCCCCCGCCCAUGGUCCUGCUUCAGACCAGUCCCUGUGACCAGUAUGAAUGCCAGAACGGGGCCCAGUGCAUCGUGGUGCAGCAGGAGCCCACCUGUCGCUGCCCCCCAGGCUUCGCCGGGCCGAGGUGCGAGAAGCUCAUCACCGUCAACUUUGUGGGCAAAGACUCCUACGUGGAACUAGCCUCCGCCAAGGUCCGGCCCCAGGCCAACAUCUCCCUGCAGGUGGCCACUGACAAGGACAACGGCAUCCUUCUGUACAAGGGGGACAAUGACCCCCUCGCGCUGGAGCUGUACCAGGGCCACGUGAGGCUCGUCUAUGACAGUCUGAGCUCCCCGCCCACCACGGUGUACAGUGUAGAGACAGUGAAUGAUGGACAGUUUCACAGUGUGGAGCUGGUGAUGCUAAAUCAGAGCUUGAACUUGGUCGUGGAUAAAGGAGCCCCUAAGAGCCUGGGAAAGCUCCAGAAGCAGCCAGCAGUAGGCAUCAACAGCCCCCUCUACCUCGGAGGCAUCCCCACCUCCACGGGCCUCUCAGCCCUGCGCCAGGGCACAGACCGGCCGCUGGGCGGCUUCCACGGCUGCAUCCACGAGGUGCGCAUCAACAACGAGCUGCAAGACUUCAAGGCCCUCCCGCCGCAGUCCCUGGGGGUCUCGCCAGGCUGCAAGUCCUGCACUGUGUGCAAGCACGGCCUGUGCCGCUCUGUGGAGAAGGACAGCGUCGUGUGUGAGUGCCACCCGGGCUGGACCGGCCCGCUGUGUGACCAGGAGGUCCAGGAUCCCUGCCUGGGCCACAGCUGCUACCAUGGGAAAUGCGUAGGGCACUUCCCAGAGCCACGCCCUCAGGCCUUCUGCUCCCGCAUAGCACCCACCUCAGUUUAUCAUUACAAAAGUUCAAAUGGUCUUCACACCACAAGUGUUCCCACACAGCCUACCCAGGAACUGGCCCUGGCCUGCCGUCCGUGCCCCCAGUGCCCUGUGACCUUACCUCUUCUGCCCUCUGCAGAGAGCCUGUGCCUGGGGGAGAUGGUCCGAGAGGUGAUCCGCCGCCAGAAAGGCUAUGCGUCCUGCGCCACGGCCUCCAAAGUGCCAGUGAUGGAGUGUCGCGGGGGCUGCGGGCCGCAGUGCUGCCGGCCCACCCGCAGCAAGCGGCGGAAAUACGUCUUCCAGUGCACCGACGGCUCCUCGUUCGUGGAGGAGGUGGAGAGACACUUGGAGUGUGGCUGCCGCGCGUGUUCCUAAGGCCCUCCCCACCCCCUGCCCCCCACCUCUCAGACUCCAGCUUCGUGGGGCUUCGACAGCCACAUGGGACGCUUGGAGACUCAAGGUGAAGUGGACGCUGGAGAGGAAGAAGAGAAUAUUAAGUAUAUUGUAAAAUAAACAAAAAAUAGAACUUAUUUUUAUUAUGGAAAGUGACUAUUUUCAUCUUUUAUUAUAUAAAUAUAUCACACCAUCUGAGUAUAUGUACCAUAUAGUGAGUUAUUUUUACCAAGUCUUGUGUAUUUGUCGUGUUUUUAUAAACAGCUGUUAAAAAUUUUAAGGAAAAAAAGACUAAUAAAAAUGUUUUAAAACAAAAGGAUAAGAAUAAAGAAGUGAUAGCCUGUCCCAGGAGGAAGAAGGAAACAGUAUCACGUGGGCAGAAAUACCAAGACCUGCUUACUAAGCUCAGGAAAAGGACUAAGAGGAAGAGAAGGAAAAGAUUUUUCUUUGUUUCUUCUUAUCUUUGAUGACUGUUUUGUCUUUCCUCAAAGCACCCAGCGUUUAAGUCCUGGUUGCCCAGGCCCAUCCUUCCAGGACAAGCUUCUGCACCCCGGCUGCCUUCUGCUUGUGGUCAGUGCCCCUGCCUGCCCCAGGCCACCAGCGGGGUCUGAGCCCCUUCUCCCUCCUGGCCAGCCCUGGCUUCGGCCACAGGCUUCCAUCUGAGCCUGUCUUGCCAAAUUUUAAAACACCUCCUCUUUUCCUGACCCUCUCCGGGUGAGUUAAGGGAAGAAGGGGUAUGGCCGUCCUUCCUCAGGCCCCAGCCACUGGCCAAUCCUUUGGAAAGUUGUGCACCAUCCUCUUCCCUCCGGUUUCCCAUGAAUUUCAUAUUAGAAUGCAGCACUGGGAGAGCAGGCAGCCAGGAGACCAGCAUGCCCUCAGCCCUGGUAGGAGGCCGACUCUGGGAAGUUCUUGGGGGACCUUCCUGUGGGACAGACAAGCCUCUGCCACCAGGUCCUCCAGACCACCAUCAUAUGGAUGACAAGUCCUUGCCCAUCUGUGACACUUCCCAACACAUAUCCAUACCUCACCGUAUUUUAUCCAUAAGGACCAAGCCGUACAGCCCCAUUUCACAGACAAGGAAACUGAAGCCUCCCUCAAACUCUGGAUCUUGUCUUAAGCCAUAUAUCUGAUAAGUAGAAGAGCCAGCGUUAAGAUUCUAGAUUCCUUCUCCAGAAUGGUGUAAAGAGAUUCAGGUAGUUUAAGUUCAUCAGACAAGCUGUACCAGGAAAAGAAAGUAGAUGUUCUUUACUGCUAUUUAUCCUGUUCAUGUUCAUUCCUCGUACUGUUCCCCCAGUGUCCACAAAGGUUCUAAACAGAGUUCAAGGAGAACAAAGGCAGCCCACCUGAUGGAGACUUACCCUGGUCUCUCUCCACUCAGUCUAAUGCAGACAGCUCCAGGCCUCAGCUCCUUCUCACUCAUUCCUCCUCCUCCCUGCAAGCCUCCCUUGCAGAAGUGUCAGGGAGGAGGGUGUGGGCCUCAGACGCCCUUCUAGCAUAGAGUGUCCCCCGUGGAGCCUAGUGGGUCUGUGAGGACCAUCCAUAGGCCAAAGUCUCCAAGAAUGAGGAGGGAGAAAAAAAAAAAAAGGAUGGAAGAGCACAAGGCAAGUGGCAAAUAAGGAAGGAAGGAAAAAGAGAAAGAAGGGGUGGGGAGGGAAGAGAGAGGGAGAGAUAUGCAUACUUACAUUAUGUUCCAGGUACUUGGUGUACCUUAUGGUGGAUUUGUUUCAAAUACUACUAGAUUCAUUUAGUACUUACCACAUUAUACAUCAGAUACCAUUCUAAUUUAUAUAUAUAUUAUAUAUAUACAUAAAUAUAUAUAUAAUGAUAUUCACUUAAUUCUCAAAACAACCCUGCAGCAAAGACAUUUACUAACCCAUUUUCCAGUUGAGUAAGUUGAGACACAGAGAAGUUCAGAAACUUGCACAAGAGCAGGCACCUUAUAAAUUGUAGAGCCAGGAUUUGGGCACAAGUAGCCUAACUCCAGAACUCACUCCUCAUGGGAAAGAAACCUCUGCCUUUAAGAAUCCUACCAUCCAGGGCAAAAACAAUCAUGGGACAACUGCUUUAUUAUAGGAGUUCCCCAAUGGCAAUAUAAACCAGGGAAGUGGCUGUCCAGAGUAGGAAAUCUCCAGUCCUGGAUCUGUAAGGAUGAGCAGGCGUUUGCCAGGAAGGUGAGAAAGGGAAGGCCAGGCCUGUUAAAAAGCAGUGAAACAGGAAAAGACCCACUAUGCCAGGGGAACACUCAGCGGUCCAAGGGGGCAGAAGGGUGGGGUGCACACUGGGGAGUACGAGUCAGUGGGGAAGACAAGAAGGCAGUGGUUCAACCACUGAGAGCUGUAUGUGGCGGGCUAGAACGCAGGGGCGCAGUGGGGUUUUUGAGCAGGGGGGGAAGCAAGACGUGCUCUGUUUUAAGAAGAGAACCGGGGGACACCCAGAACGGCUUGGGGGCUCCCGGUUCAGUUUGCUGUGGCUGAACAGUGCUGAUUUCCAGGUGGGGCCCCAAACUUUCGGGCUCAAAAGUUCUGUACUGAGAUCUACCCAACACCCUGCCCUACCCCUCACCCUAUGCCGACAGCCCACCCCACCCAGGCAGAUAAACCCUUAGCUUAUCCUACCACCAACGCUCCUAACUGGCCUCUCUCCAUAUUGACAUGAAGCCUACCAAGCCUGCCAUCUUGGGAGCCCUGCCCCAGGGUCCCUGACUUUCUGGGAGGACUCUCCAGGCUACCAGCUUUCCCUCUGGCUCCCCCAGUGAACCAAGGCCUGCCUCUGCCAAUUAUGCCCUGGGCCCAAUCCUGAAUCCGGCAGCAGUCAGCCAACACAGCCAAAAAGGACCAGGUUCUUAGUGUAGCUUGAGGGGGAUUUUGAGCCUUCCCCUCCAUUUUGGGAACCCUGACUUUAUGAAAUGCCUAAUGCAAGAUCAUUAAGAAAAUUCUCCCCAAAAGGAAGUUUUUCUAACAAAUAGAGAUUAAUACUCUUAUUUCAAUGGCUGAAUUCUAGAAAAAGUCCCACAGGGCAAAAAAAAGUUCAGUGAGGUAAUCUGCAUGCUUAAAGGUAUGGUUCAAUGUUUGUGUGUAGGUACGUGCACAUGUGAAAAGGGGGCUUGGGCUCUGUUUCCCCCUGAGCAGGAAUCAGGGAAAAAAAAAAAAAGGGAGAAUCCCUUUGACUCAACUAAGAGACCCUAAAAUGGCUGAUGAGAUGAUGUAUUUAAAAGUUCUUUGUAAAAUGUAAACUAAAAACCUUUAUGUAAGAUGUUAUGACUAUUGUUGUUGCUAUUAUUGACAUGCCAACAGGCGCGUGUAGAAGAUGCCUUUGCCUUUUCAAUUUCAGAAAGGAACCAGAGUCUGACACUUCAGAGAAGAGGACAAGGAAGAGAGGGACAAGGAAAGGGCAGGAGAUUUCCGAGGGCCAGAGAAAGAGGGAGAAAUCCCCCAGAAUGACCCUUAGGAACCCUGGAGCGGCCAGGAUGGGGCUGGAGCUAACCUUGCCUUCCACCACAUACAAAGCUACCAUCAGAUUGAACCCUAAGGCCCAGCAGGGGUUUUGACUUUGCUGGGAGAAGCCCCAAGCGUAAUGGGCCUGCCCCUCAAAACUCACAGGGUCUCAGUAUUAGAGCUGAAGGAACCUGAGAGAAUCCCUGAUGAGUGGUAAACCCAAGAAUCAGAGAAAUGGAAGGUCUAAACCAGAGACCAAGGUCACCUAACAAAUUAACACCAGAAGCAAGAAGAGACCCUGGUGUCCACCCAGGCCAUCAUUCUUCUUGCUGCUCCACCAUGGGCAUCCAGGAGGACUGAAAUUUGAGAAAGACCCUGUGAGGCCAGGAAAAUAUCCUCCUCCCUUCCCCGACCAUGCACUCAGAUGGCUGGGAAGCUGGGCCAUGGCCUGGUUUGGUGACACUUACCCAUAUGUUCCAGUCUGGAUUAGUGCCAAAGGAAAUGCUCUGGGAAAGUUGAUGAGAGAUGCCAGCUAGCCAGAACAAGCAAAGACAGAAUUGGGCAUUUGGCAAAGCUUAUUUCUCUAACUCAACAAUAGGUUCUAAGAGGAAAAGUUUUUAAGAUGUUUUUAAAAACAAUGUUAUAGUGCCACUUCACUGCUACGGGAUAAAUAAUGUACAUUUUUUUUUAUUCAAUAGACUGUCGUAUUCUGAUGUCAUUAAAAUAAAUGGAUGAGUCACAGGAGAGCUCUCAGAUGCUCUUGUGAAUACCAGAAGUUCAGGCCUA